AUGAACAAUUUUGAAAAUACAACAGUUACCUUGAAAAACAGCAGUUUGCUAUUUCGACAAAAGAUUUACGAUGAUGACGAAGACGAUGAUGACUUCAACUUCACCUCAGACCACAACCUUCUCAACCACACGAGAGGAAGCAAAAUUUUAUCAACUUUCGAAUUGAUAUUCUUAAUAAUGUGUCUGUUUGGCCUGGUAGGAAACAGUUACAACAUUUACAUUUUCUUCAGCAAGUGGCUCAACAAAUUCAUGGACAACGUUGAAAGGUGCACGACAAUAGGGCUGAUAUACAUGUCCUUCUCUGAUGCUGCAUUCUGCGUUAUCUCCAUUCCACAGAUCCUGACAUUCAUCGUUCCAGAGAAAGAAAGUUUGUUUCUUUAUUACUACAGCGUUUUCAGAUCUGACUGCUUGAACAUCAUACUAUGGAACAGCGCCUGGCUUGUUGCCAUUGUUUCCCUGCAGAGGUUGGCCUACGUGUCUGGCUUCUGGAACGAUCGUCUAAACGCCAAACCGAUACGAUUUGCGUUUCUUUGCGGACUCCUCUUCAUCUUCUCCAUCAUCACCUUCCUGCCAAACUGCUUCAGUUACGAGAUUGAAACAAUCGUCGUAAAAGGCAAAUCGCACAAGAAGGCCACGCCGAAACUUUGGUUCACUGUGCCGCUCUACAAAAAUCUUCAUUCCUUUUUCAUAAUUACGUUUGGACAUCUUCUGCCUUUGACGCUGCUCGUUUACAGCAGCAGCCACCUGCUGUGGAUUGUCUACAGGGCCAAACUGACCACGGACUCUAAAAAGUGCAGGAGGUCUCAGGUCACAAUGGUCAUUUGGUUAAUAGUGACCACAUAUCUCUUCAUGGUCAGUCCCUCGAUGAUCGUCGAAUGCAUCAUCAUCAUCAACGACGCAACCACCAGCGACAUGACUGAGCAGGACAGCAGCAGCACCAUGGACGUCCUCAUAUACAUCACUCAAUACCUUCAAACAGUUAAGUUCUCACUGAAUUUCAUACUCUACAGCAUCUUCAACAAGAAAUUCCGCAAAGAUGCGUUUGCAUGCUGUCCACGUCUAGCGCGCGAAACACACGCACUGAUUCGCUUGUGA